AUGACAAAGGAACUGAACAACAAAGUUGAGGUUUGUGUUGAGUUGGAAACCCUGUGGCAAGCUCUAUCCAAGGAUUUAACAGUCACACUUCCAACGGUUAUACCAAAUGUUGUGAAAGGUGUGCAAGUGGUGGAAGGCAAUGGAGGGAUUGGCACAAUCUUCCUCUUCACUUUUUUCUCAGGUGUAUCCCCAGUAAGUUACCAGAGUGAGAAGAUCAUAGUGCUGGAUGAGGUUUCCCAUGAAAUUGGGCUGCAAGUGGUUGAUGGAGGCUAUCUAAAUCAAGGUUUUUCAUACUACAGGACAAAUUUUCAGCUAUCUGCAAUGGGAGAGCAUAAGACUCUAGUCAAAGUGAAGAUCUCUUAUGAGUAUGAGUCGGACAUAGAAGAAAGUAUCGUGCCAAUGAAGACAUCAGAGUCCGCUUUAUUCUUUCUUAGAUGCCUUGAAACAUAUCUGUUGAAAUUGAAUGGUCCUUGAAGAUAAUAUUUCCAUAUCAGUUAUUUGUGGCUGGUCUUUGUUUUUGGUUCUGUGAUCUUUCAAGUUUCAAGAAUAUCUGAAUGGUACUUUUUAAGUACCAAAAGUAGAAAAGAAUAAUGUAAGAAUAAUGUGAUUAGCAAUUAAGCUUGAUCUGAGAUUGGAGUCUGCCAACACAUUAAUUUGAACAUGUACGGUGGAAAUUACAGAAAUCAAGAGGCAGAGCAUUAUUGGA